AUGGCGAGCCGUGGCCCUGGCCCGGUUAGCAUAAUUAAGGAGACGACUCAGGGCAAGGCCGAAAGCGCAGCAGCUAAAGACUCUGCUGCGCCGGAAGCUGACCCAUUUAGGAAGAGUAGCAAGAUGGGGAGAUCACCGACUAAGGUGCCAAAAUCUCCACCCAUUUUCUCGCCUGCAGUAGAGCAGAAACAGGCGGAUACGGCGCAUGCUGGAGGUCCCACAGAAGCGGGGGUCUUUCACUUCAGCGCUAUUUCCGAGCAGGGACUGGCUCCGCUUAUCGCCAAUGGCGACAUAGACGGAGUCAUUGGCGCGAUCGGGGCGAAAUUGUCCCAAUUAAACAGCAUGAUGUUAGGCAAGACGAGGGUGAUGGUGACGAUUCCUAUGAAGGAACUCGUGCAGCAGGUCAUCGCCCUCCAAAAAUCAGCAGUUAGGAUUCGGGAGACGGCUCCAAAGAUUCCCAGCGAGCAAAAUCCCACUCCCAAGAGGUCACGUGAGAGCCCUAGAGCCGGUAAGCUCUCAGCGCCAAAAAGGCAGAAGGUGCCGAAACCUUGCGGCACAAGCAAUAAGGUGGUGAAAGCCAUCACCUACGCAAGUGCUGCGAAGCAAAUUUCCGGCCCCCUUCCGCCGUGCCAUGCGGACAAAGGCACGAAGGAGGGUGCGGAGAAAUGGUCGACGGUUACCAAAAAACCGAAGAAGCAGCUGCCAAAAAAGCAGCAGCAGCAUAGAAAACUCCCUCCACGCACAGACGCACUAGUCGUCAAGUGUGGCGAGGGCAUGCAGUAUGCCGACGUGUUAAAGUUGGUGAAAAAUAACCCAACUUUACAGCAACACAAAGAUUGCGUCAAAGGCAUACGGAUGACUGGUAGGGGCGAGCUUCUCAUCAAAAUGAUGAAAACGGCCGACCCAGCCACAUCCAAAUUACAGAAGGCGAUGCAGGAGACCCUGUCUGAUAAGGCAGAGGUUAAAGAAUUGAAGGAGCUAGUCCAAGUCGAGAUUAGGGACACUGCGGAGUUUUCGUCAAAGGAUGACAUUAUUCAGGCAGUUUUCACCAAUUACGAAGGCGACAUUCCACCAGCGGCCAUUCCUUCCCUAAGGAAGACAUACGGGGGCACAUUAAUAGCCAGGAUGAGCAUCCCGCCCGUUCUUGCGGAGAAGAUCCUAGCAGAAGGAAAAAUCCGCAUCGACUGGGCGCACUGUAGGGUCCGUAAGUCCGUUGAGCCAAAGCGAUGCUAUAAAUGCCUCGCAUUUGGCCACAUGGCCUUGCACUGCCGGAGCAAGGUCGAUUUGUCCAAAGCAGCGGCCCAGGACUUGCUUGCACAAACGGUGCGAGCCCUAAAAAUAGACCUGGCCAUUUUGAGCGAGCCAUACGCAAGUAAGCACGAUGGGAUUUGGUUUCAAAACUCCCAAGGUGGUGCAGCAAUUUGGAGCUGCAGCCCGAGACCACUGCAGAUCCAAUGCCGGCAUUCAGGCAGAGGUUUUGUCAGGGCGAAGGUGGGUAGCCUUACCAUCUACUCGUGCUACAUUGCACCCAGUGUCGACUCCCAGACAUUUGGCAGCAUUGUCGACGACAUUCUGGAGGACGCUAGAGGACGACACCCCAUUAUUAUUGCCGGCGAUUUCAACGCCUGGGCAACGGAGUGGGGCAGUCGCCUCACAAACCAUAGAGGUCACAUAUUUUUGGACGCUGUUGCCCGGUCAGGCCUCACCCUGGCUAACACAGGGACUGCCAACACCUACGAGAAGGCGGGAAUGGGUUCUGUGAUCGACAUCACGUUCAUGAGCUCAACCUUAACCAGGACGUCAGCAUGGCAAGUCUCAGAGAUAUAUACCGGAAGCGACCACCGGGCCAUCACCAUGGAAAUAAGAGACGGGCGAUUUAAACGCAAAAACACCAAUGCGUCCACUGGGUUCCGAGAUUCUACCCUCGACCCGCAAGCCCUGAUCUUAAUGGCGGAAGACCUCGUGUAUGACGAGCGUAAGAACGCCAAUGAAAAUGCUGUAGGCAUAAAGAAGGCGACUUGGUCAGCAUGCGCAGCUUCCAUGCAAAGGAGACGCGCUGGCGGUAAUGGUUGUCCCCCGGUGUAUUGGUGGACCGAUGCCAUAGCGGAGGCGCGCAGGAAGUGCCACCAGGCACGAAGGCAAUACAUGCGCUCUCGAGGUAGGCCGGACUUCGCCUCACUCCAACGCCUCUACAAAUCCGUGCGGUCGGCUCUUAAAAAGGAGAUCUCCGCGAGCAAGAAACAAUGCUUCGCAAAAUUAUGCGAUGACGCAGACACACGUCCCUGGGGUACAGCGUACAAGCUGGUAAUGGGGAAGUUGGCGGCUUUCAGCCAGCCAACCCCAACAUGUCCGGAGCAACUCAGCAACAUAGUGGCGCAACUCUUCCCGCCGAGUGUUGCACUGCAGCCACAGCAAGAACCCUCCCCGCUUUAA